UCUUUUAUUGCCGUUUGUUUAAAUUUCUUUCUACCUACAUCGUUUUAUAGUAUAUUCUUCUUUAUAUUAAAAACAUCAAUCAUGAUUUCAACUCGUUUUAUCAUUUUUUAUAAGCCUGGUUUCUAACGUAACACGGAUCGGCAAAAACCAAGACUCUGGACAGUUUUGGAAAAAAAAUUGGCAGUGAGCUGUUGGGAAGCCUAAAGAGUCGACUCCUCUGACUCAGUGUAUGAGUCAAGCAGCUCCUGGCUCAGUUUUAAACCAAAGCUCAGAGCAAGUGACAGCAAUGAAGCUGAUAAUACUGAGAGACUAUGAUGAAGCCAGCGAGUGGGCGGCCAAAUACAUCAGAAACAGGAUCAUCAGCUUUAAUCCGAGUCAGGACAAGUUCUUCACUCUGGGCCUUCCAACAGGCAGCACUCCACUGGGAUGCUACAAGAAACUGAUUGAGUACUAUAAGAAAGGGGAAAUAUCUUUUCGGUAUGUGAAGACCUUUAACAUGGAUGAGUAUGUUGGCCUGCCCAGAGACCAUCCUGAAAGUUAUCACUCCUUCAUGUGGAACAGCUUCUUUAAGCAUAUCGACAUCCGGUCAGAAAACACAUACAUUCUGGAUGGCAACGCUCCAGACCUGCAGAAAGAAUGCCAGGACUUUGAGGAGAAGAUUAAAGCUGCUGGUGGGAUUGAUCUCUUUGUAGGUGGUAUUGGACCUGAUGGUCACAUCGCUUUCAAUGAGCCCGGCUCUAGUCUUGUGUCUCGAACCAGGGUCAAGACCUUGGCUAUGGACACCAUCUUGGCCAACGCUCGUUUCUUCGACGGAGAUCUGUCCAAGGUCCCAACCAUGGCUCUUACUGUAGGAGUUGGAACCGUGAUGGACGCCCGUGAGGUGAUGAUCCUCAUCACUGGUGCACAUAAAGCGUUUGCUCUGUACAAGGCCAUAGAGGAAGGUGUGAACCACAUGUGGACGGUUUCAGCGUUCCAGCAGCAUCCUCAGACCGUCUUCGUGUGCGACGAGGAUGCGACACAAGAGCUGCGUGUGAAGACUGUGAAAUAUUUCAAAGGCAUGAUGCAUGUUCACAAUAAGCUGGUGGAGGAACCAUAGUUUCUGCUGAAAUGAGAAGGAGACUUGGAUUUGCAUUUUAUAUUUAAAGUAUUACAUUUUUAACAUUUUGAAAUGUAUACCGUUUCUACCCGCAGUAGCAGUGAUCCAAAGGAUUUAAAUAAAGGAAAGAAAAUUCUGA